AUGACUGAACCUCCUCACCCCAACCUGCCAGUGCAGGACUCGCGACGCGACUUGACUCUCCCAAUGUUUAUACCCGAAGUGAAGAGAACGGAUGACCAGCGUCGAGUUUAUCUCGACGAUUCAUCAACUUCCUCAUACCCUAGUAGUGCGCGGUCACUGUUCCUACGCGUCGGUGCUGCCUUCUUCGCAGGAUUCUUCGGACCCCCGAAUGGCAUGAAUACCCUCCAGCUGAGCCCACCAACGCGUUUCCCUCCAUGUUCCCAUCCGAGUCCCACACAAGCAGGUGCCGAGCCUGGCGUAGCUGCUACAGCUCCUGCCUAUCCUUUGCAUUCUGGUCUGGUGCACCUUGUAUCACCUACGCGUUUUUCCCAGGAUAAUAUGAAAGACAAAACAAAGGACUUUGAUAUUUUCCGCAGCUGGGGAAGCUUAUCUCCGUGGUACUCCAUCCAACGCGGAAAGUUUGGCGUUGAUUCCAGUCCCGAAGCCCCCGAUACCUGCAGCAUCACCGGCGUGCAUCUUCUGCAUCGUCACGGCGCACGAUACCCUGCUGACUACUCUAGAGGUACUGGUCCGGGUGGGUUUGCCUUGAAGUUGAACACGUAUGCGGAAAAUGUCACGGCCACUGGGCCUCUUUCAUUUUUGAACGACUGGACGUAUAAGCUAGGAAACGAAGACGAUCUCGGGGUGUCAAUGCGCAUGAGAUACGGGUUCCUACUGAAGAAUUUCACCGAAACACAUUCCUUGCCUGUGUUCAGAACGGAGUCCCAAACUCGGAUGCUGAACUCUGCGCAAAACUUUGCUCUCGGAUUUUUUGGUUACCCUCUCGAAGGCCAGUAUCAACAACAAAUCAUGAUCGAGGCCAAAAGAUUCAACAAUACUCUUGCCCCCUAUCGAUCUUGCGCCAAUAAUGACAUUCCCCAUCGGGGCUACCGCGGCCAACCAUAUGCCGAUGCGUGGAAAGAAGUUUAUCUCAAGGAUACCGUUCCUCGUGUGCAACGAUAUCUUGAUGGGUUGGAGUUAGACAUCGAAGAUGUUUACGCCAUGCAAGAAUUGUGCGCGUUCGAAACAGUUGCUCUUGGUUAUUCCAAGUUCUGCGAACUAUUCACAGAGAAGGAAUGGGAAGGCUUCGAUUAUUCAUACGACCUCAACUUAUGGUACGGUGUAGCUUGGGGCUCGCCUGUUGCUAGGGGAGAAGGAAUUGGCUAUGUGCAAGAGCUUGUGUCCCGUCUCACUCAAACGCCAAUUGAGACGCACAAUAGUUCCACUAAUGCGACACUUCACAACGCUGUCACGUUCCCCUUCGGACACAGCCUUUAUGUAGACGCGACGCACGAAGUUGUGGUAUUAAACGCUUUGCGGCGAUGGGGACCAUUGCCUACUGAUCAUAUGCCCGAGAAACGCACAUUUAGGACAGCGGAGCUUGCUCCAUUCGCAACUAAUGUACAGUUCCAGCUCCUGUCGUGCGCCACGGAACAAGACCCACAAAUUCGCGUGAUCGUUAACGACGGUGUGGAUGUGGAGAACAUCCAGAUGGGAUGUGCUCUAUCCAUGCAUUUUGUGGAUGCGCAGAAGGAGAACAUUCAGAGCACGGACUGGGAUUUCGUGUGUAACACCGAUUGGACAAUUCCGGAUGGAUGGGAAACUACCACAGGAUACCCACCUCUUUAA